CCGAAGCAGUCUACGAAAAUCAAACCACAACAACCACCACCACCACAACCACCACCACAACAACAACAAAUGGCGGGCAAGUCGGGCAAGCAGGGAGGCGGGAGGCCCGGGCGCGAGGAGCUGCGGCAGGAGGACGUCUUGCAGGCCGUGCUGCUGGCCGACAGCUUCGACCAGCGCUUCGGGCCCGUGACGAGAGACGCGCCGAGGGCACUCUUACCUCUGGUCAACGUGCCCAUGAUCGACUAUGCUCUGGAGAUGCUCGCGGCCGCUGGUGUCCAGCAGACGUUCAUCUUCUGCUGCUGGAAAGCGGAGGAAGUCCGAGCGUACAUCAGCAAGUCGCGGUGGAGUGCGCCGGGGUCGCGCAACGUGGUGCGCGUGCUGAGCUCGGAGACGUUCCGCUCGCUGGGCGACGUGCUGCGCGACGUGGACGCCAAGACGCUGGUGCGCUCCGACUUCCUGCUGGUGCACGCCGACCUCGUGUGCAACGCGAGCCUCAAGAGCGCGCUGCAGCAGCACAAGCAGCGGCGUGAGCGAGAGAGGAACGUGUCGGUGAUGACCAUGGUGUUCCGCGAGUGUCGACCGGGCCACCGCGCCCGCACGCGCCACGACGACGUCGUGGUGGCGGCGGACGCGUGCACGGGGCGCGUGCUGCACUACCAGCAUGCCGCGCCGGGGAAAAUCCGCCUGCCGCUGCACAUCUUCCAGGGCGGCAGUGGCGAGGUGGAGGUCAGGCACGAUCUCCUUGACUGCCACAUCAGCAUCUGCUCACCGCAGGUGGCCGAGCUCUUCACAGAUAAUUUCGACUACCAGACGAGGGAUGAUUUCGUCCGCGGGAUCCUUGUCAACGAAGAGAUUCUCGGGAACCAGAUCCACAUGGUGUGCCUGCGCGACUCGUACGCGGCGCGCGCGUCCAGCCUCUACGCCUACCACGCCGUGAGCUGCGACAUCGUGCGCCGCUGGCCCUGCCCCUUCACGCCCGAAGUGAUGGUGCCGUCGGCGGGAUGUGGGGACGGCUACGCACUGGCGCGCCACAACGUGUACCGUGCGCCCGGCGUGUCGCUGGGGCCCGGCAGCCUCGUGGAGGGUGACUCGGUGAUGGGACAGGACACGACGAUCGGCGCCGGCUGCCACAUCACACGCACCGUCAUCGGCCGCAGAUGCAGCAUCGGCAGCAACGUGCGCCUGGAAGACGCGGUCUUGUGGGACGACGUGACGAUCGCCGACGGCGUCGUGGUGUGCGGCUCCCUCGUGUGUAGCGGCGCCUCCAUCCGGCAAAACGUGCGCGUGCUUCCACGUUGCGUCAUCUCCUAUGGGACGGUGGUGGGCCCUGAUGUCUCCCUGCCCGAGGGGACGGCCGUCUCCUUACAUGUCCCACGCGAUGCCGACGACGACGAUGACUACGACGAGUUCAGCGAGGAGGAAUCGUCUGACCAGGUCAAGGCACCAUCCAAGGACAAAGGCUACAACCCAGCGGAGGUGGGGUCGGAGGGCAAAGGCUACGUCUGGAACCUGAUUAGCCGGGGCGAAGCCAAGGAGGAUGAUGCGGACCCGCUCGCGGACGACGUGUGGGGCCUGUCCCUGGAGGAGGUGCCAGAGGAGGAGAGUGAGGAGGAGAGUGAGGAUGAGUCUGGAGGUGACGUGUGUGAUGGGAAAAUGUCUCCACCGCCAGACGACACAAAGAUGUUCUACAACGAGGUGCUUGACAGCCUGCAACGGGGGGCUGAGGAGAACGUGUCAUGCGACAACCUCGUACUGGAAAUCAACUCGUCCAAGUACGCGUACAAUGUGAGCCUCAGGGACGUGAUGCAGGCGCUGACCCGCGGAGCGGUGGAUGUGGUGCUGGCGCGCACGAACAAGAUGGUGCAAGCGUCGGAGUUCAUGAAAGCCCUCAAGCCUCUGCUGGUGCAGUGGACGCCGCUGUUCCGUAACUACGUGAAGCGUCUGAGCGACCACAUGGAUGUGCUGGCCGUGCUGGAGGAAGCGGCGUUCGCUCUGCCGCAGGUGCACGCCGCCCUCGCCACGAUCCUGAUGACGAUGUACGAAGAGGAGGUGCUGGAGGAGGAAGCCAUCAUCAGGUGGUUCACCCAGACUGGUUGCUCGGAGAAGGCCCGGCAGUUGCGGCAGUUGCCUUCGAUCCAGAAGUUUGUCCAGUGGCUACGAGAAGCUGAUGAGGAGUCAAGCGACGAGAACUAAUUAUCAAUCGGUAGCACGUCAAAGUGUCAAGGGACAAUGGAACUCAUCUUCUCUAGGGACCCAACUCUGCACGCCAUGGGCCAACCCAUGCAACACGCGUGGAUUGGAGCGGCCAAGCCGUGCCCUCUUAAUUUUGACACAUUUUUGUUUUUUAACAAAUGCGCUUCAUCCCUUUGGCAGAUGUUUUAUGAUUCGCGAUGUUGCUGCCUGUAGCGAUGGUUAAUAUAGUAAUAAAGAACUUUUGGAGAGUUGUGGCCAAACACUUAAAAGUCAGUGUUGUGUACUGAUUUCUACUAAGUGGUGAGACCUUUCUGGCUUUGCAUGGUGCAAUCUUACGUGCGGUAUUGUUCUGCAAAUCCAGGCUCGAAAUAUGCUCCAAAUUUGUGGCUUCAGAAACAAGGAUUUUGGGCUCCCAACCGUUAUACAUCCAGGUUCUGUCAACCAAGCUCCGGAUUACUAACUCCAGGAAUCUAAACCAGUUGUUGCCAAACUUCCUGACCCGACAAACCACGUACAAAACGUGGAAUGCAGCCAACAGCUACAAGACACGUGGUCAACGGAUCGGUUUGCUCGUGCUGGUUGGCUCUGGAGUUUUGAAUAAAAAAACUAUCUUCUGGAGCAGUUGUGUCUGGCUCUGCUGUCCAGGAGAAAAUUACGCUUGGCUGCUCUGGCCUCGGAAGAUAUUUCCUGCUUCAAAUCAAAUUCCGUUAUCUCUUUCGAGCGGCACUUUGAACGGCCCGCGAUGCACAUGCGUCCUUGGGAACCGUGUUUUGGCAACGCCUGAUAACGAUCGUAAUCCAGGCUGGAAACAAACUGGCUCCAGUUACCGCUCGCACCCAGCGCAUUGCUCUUACAAUAUCUUCCCAUCCAUUCGCAAUCUCUCUCCGCCGGUAAACUAAAUAAAUUCUAAUGCCCAUAGUGGAUCACCGUGUUUACCAUUCAGUGCCACGGGUGGAGACAAUUAUCCCAGAAGCGUCCUGUCACUAGAGUGGUGGAUUUUUAAAGGGACGCGUUUGAUCCAUCUCUUCUUUACAACUAGAACCACCGGUGAUGGGCGUGAACUGUUCCCCACGGUGCCAUCAAGUUUCAGUAUUGUAAUGUGUUAUCGGUGGGGUUUUCUGCGUGCAUUGUGCCUCUUUCCCACAAUUCAUAACAAAGUGUGGUACUCUAAAAAUAAAUUUGGCUUCACAUUCUGAGUACGACCCCUCCUUUUGGAAUUUAUAUUUGACAAACGAGGCAAUCCUGGAAUAACAUUUCAACGUACGGGUUUUAAGCAAUGACGUGCGGCCGCGUAGCGCAGAGGUUUUCUGUUUGGAUUGCGCUUUGUCAAUGUGUCGAGCGGAUCAAUGUCGCACUGCCUACACAGCGAAUAAACAAACGUACAGAGCAAAA